CUGCCCGAAGGCAUGACGCACCUGCCGGACGAUGCGUUCCGCGGCCGCACCUCUCUCGUCUCGGUCGCCUGCCCGAGCAGCCUCGUCUCCAUCGGCUGGCGCGCCUUCUGCGGCUGCUCCGCCCUCGCCCGCGUCACCCUUCCCGCCGGCCUCACCUCCAUCGGCAGCUGCACCUUCCGCAACUGCUCCUCCCUUGCCUCCGUCACCCUCCCCGCCACCCUCACCUCCAUCGGCGCCAGCGCCUUCUGGGGCUGCUCCGCCCUCACCUCCGCCGCCCUCCCCGCCGGCCUUACCAUCGGCUACUGGGCCUUCUACCGCUGCUCUGCCCUCACCUCCGCCGCUCUCCCCGCCGGCCUCGCCUCGAUCGGCGAAGACGCCUUCGAAUGCUGCGACUCCCUCGCCUCCAUCACGCUGCCGCUGCCCGAUGGCCUCUCGAUUGACGACGCUGCGCCUUCUCCCUGCUCCACCCUCGCCUCCGUCACCCUCCCCGCCGGCCUCACCUCGAUCGGCAACGACGCCUUCUCCGGCUGCUCCUCGCUCGCCCAUGUCACCCUCCCGGCCGGCCUCACCUCCAUCGGCGACGAAGCCUUCUUCGGCUGUUCCUCGCUCGCCUCCAUCGACCUCCCCGCCACCCUCACCUCCAUCGGCGGCUGCGCCUUCUCCGGCUGCUCCGCCCUCACCUCCGUCACCCUCCCCGCCGGCCUCGUCUCAAUCGGCGACGAAGCCUUC